AGAUAUUUGCGCUGGAUGUCUUUCACUUCGUGUACAAAACUCUGCACGCUGCGGCAUCGAAGAAGUUGUCCUGUGUUUGGGUGCACGUAUGCGCUUGGACACGGAUAUAUCCUGCUUGCUCUCAACGGGUGUUCAACAGUCUACGCGCACUCGUAACUUGCUCAUGAGGCAAGUUGCUGUUGUGCUGGAGCUGAGAAGAGGUCUGCUGCCUGCAAUGGGUCCAUCUCUCUCAAGUUAUCGCAGUAUUGUAGCUCUCAAAGUUCAAAAAAGUAUGGUGGAAGCUGUUGCCAAGGUUCCGACCAGAAAGACAGCCAGUAUAAAAGGGUCCACACCACUGAUCUCUACUACAGGGCAUGGACAGCACAUCGAGCACCCUCGACUGAAGCCAACCUUGUCCCGGAAGUUGGUGCUUCACAACUUUGCGGCAGCACUUCGUUUGCACGGCCUGUGGAGACAAGGUUUCUUAGACAUGGUCAUGGCCCUCAAGGAAGAUGCCGAGGCCACAGGCAGUUCCUCCAGUGACCGUGAAAAGGUCCCCUGGGGCACAAGUCUAAUUUGGCACCCCUACCUUUCUCCUGCAGCUUUUGUGUCUACUUAGCUAACCAGCAGCAAGUUUAUCCUUGCAAGCAUUUUGGGUCAAGAACAACUUUCACCAGGAAGACGUGCAAGACGAGUGAUUGAAGAAAAUAAAGUUGCUUCUGUGAUCUAAGAACUUGAGGACUGAAAUGUUGCACCUUUGUGUAUAUAUGCUAUGCAGUGCAUUCAUAUCACAAAGUGCAAAGUGUUUUAUCUCUGCAGCCAUGUCAGUGUGUUGGCAAGACAAUUUUCUCAAUGGUGACCUGCUGCUUU